UUCGACAUUAUCACUCAUUAAAGUUAUAAUCUAUUAUGUUCACCACUUCGAAUUAUAAUUGAAUUCGGUCUUGGAAGUUUAAAUAUUAAUCUGAAAAUAAAAUCAAAGAUAAAUUCAUCUCAUGGAACAGGGGCCAAAGCUUGUCCUUCGAAGAAUCUGCAAUGGGAAAGAAAUGGCAUUGAACUUUCUAGUAUUUUGUAUUUUCUUCUUUUACAGAUAAAUCUACGCCUGAAAAUAUGUGCCGACAAUUGAAAUUGACGUUUGUGUUGAUACUCUAUAUGAGUUUCUGUUUGGAGUCUCAUGCGGCGUCAGACAUUUGCACCAUAUGCAAAUGUGGAUAUUCUAAGACAAAUAUAGAUUGUUCAUCUCGGCGACUGACUUCGAUCCCGCAACCCAUUCCACCGAAUGUUGAAAGUUUGAAUUUGCACAAUAAUAACCUGAAUAAAAUCAAACCAGAAACCUUCCAAAACCUGUCCAGUUUAGAAAGUCUAAUCUUACGUUUCAAUGCCAUUACGGAAAUCAAACCAGACACCUUCCGUUAUUUGACACGUUUAAGAAUACUACACUUGGGUGCUAAUGAAAUCCAAGAAAUCAGUGCUGACAGUUUCCGAAAUUUGUUCAGUUUACAAUAUCUGUACUUGUAUAAUAAUGAUAUCCAAGUAAUAAAACCUGGCACCUUCCAAUAUUUAUCCAGUUUAAGAACACUGAAUUUGAAUGACAAUAAUAUCACGUAUAUUCAACGCGGUACCUUCGAAAACCUUCCGAAUUUAGAAGAACUGAAUUUGAAUGACAAUAAUAUCACGUAUAUUCAACGCGGUACCUUCGAAAACCUUCCGAAUUUAGAAGAACUAUAUUUGAGCAACAACCAAAUACAAAACUAUGAGGAUGGCGCGUUCUUAUUCCUUCCCAGUAUUUCUAACAUAUACAAUAAAGAUAUGAUGUGUGGAUGUCACCUGCCAGCCUUGGUACCUUAUACUAAAUCAACAUUCUACAGAACUGUGAGUGUCCUAGGCGAGUGUCAGACAGAUCCUGGCAAUAUCCAAAGCAAAAUUAUACCUAUAAUGGAAUACUCGCAAUGUCAAAGUUAG